UUAAGGCAAGUACUAAAAAAGAGACAACACGUGUAACAAGUAUCUUUCUUCUUACGACAAUUUCUUUAAGAUUCCGGAAAUUAUCUUCCACAAAACCGACUUCUUCCAUCUUCCCAGAACCUGCCGAACUUCGCGGUCAGGUGGAGGCUGGACUCGAACCAAACUUCAGAAAAAACCUCUAGGAUGACUAUGUAUAUGGCUGCGUUUCUGUUAGGUUACAAAGCAGUCUACAACGACCAAAACCUACCUAUUCAAAGCAUUUCAAGGAAGAAUGACAGGAGACUCGUAUAUGACCCUAUGAAUAUGCAAAGGUCCUUCUCUUCAACUUCUGGUCAAAUUUGCAAGAGAACCCAUCCUUCAUAUGCAGAUAGUGAUCACUUUCCCAAAUCAAACUUGCAAGAAGGGUUUGCGCCUCGGUGUCUAGGUCAAGCUGGAGGAUGUUCACUGCACAAUUUGAAGACAAAAGUCACUUGCCUGCAAAGAGUUUGUGGUUCACAUAGCCAUAUAAAGCUCAUUCAUGGAUGUUAUUCUAAGAGGAAUAAGUUUUCCUUGGUUAGGUGUUCAGCAGAGUCAGGCGGCAAUGAAAAGCAACUGAGAUCUUUAGAUUCUUACUUUGGAAAACUCCAAGAUAACCCAACACUGUUAUCUCCGUCGGAUUCAUCUGAUCAGGUGAUUCGGGAGAAUAACGAGAAGAGCCAAGCCAUAUCAACAAAUGGCCUGGAGUCUCUCAAUGCUUAUCUUGGCAAACUAAAUAAUGGUGCAAGCCAAGAGUCUUCUGUUCCGUCUACUUACAUUGAACUUCAUAAGGAAGAAAACAUCAGUAAAAAAACUAAAAGAUACUACGCUGGGAAACAGAAGACUUAUUUGAAUAUAAGAAGAACAAAAGGCGAACGUGAUGGAAGGUCAUAUAGAGAUACAAUACAGCAAGAUGAAGCCUCCAAUCUCUACUUAAUUGGCAUAUUGGCUUCAAUAAACAUCGCUGUAUUCCUCUUUGAAAUAGCAAGUCCUAUAAGGAACUCUGACUUGGAGCUGUUUUCUAUUCCACUGCUAUACGGUGCGAAAAUAAAUCAUUUGAUCGUCGUUGGAGAAUGGUGGAGGCUGGUGACGCCAAUGUUUCUGCACUCUGGCAUUUUUCAUAUGGCUCUCAGUUGUUGGGCACUUGUAUCAUUUGGCCCUCAUGUCUGCAGAGGCUAUGGUUCAUUCACCUUUCUCUUGAUUUACAUAUUGGGAGGAGUUUCUGGCAACUUGACUAGUUUUCUGCAUACACCAGAUCCUACUGUUGGUGGGACAGGACCUGUAUUUGCCAUAAUUGGAGCUUGGCUCGCAUAUCAAAUCCAGAACAAGGAUGUUGAUGAUAAGGAUACUUCAGAAACCAUGUUCCAGAAAGCAAUAGUUUUUACAGCUGCUAGUUUCAUAUUAAGCCACUUUUGUCCAAUUGAUGACUGGUCACACUUUGGCUCAGCUAUAACAGGAAUGGCUUAUGGGUUUUUCACAAGCCCAAGGUUUGAGUUGAAAGAUGCAUCAUCUUCUUCAGGAAGAGGUGGCCAAGAAGAAGGGCUCAAACUUGUGAGACAGUACGGUGAUUCUUGCAGAUCAGCUUUUGUAUUCACCAUCUUCGUCAUUGCUCUGAGCUCCUUCCUCUUCUUCAUGGAGCCUCCCCUUAAUGCGUUAGCCUCAGUGGAUGAAGUGAUAGAAGACUACCUGUUACUUUAUAUGAGUGAGAGUUCUCUGUCCUAGAUAAUUUAUCGCUUUUUGUGUCAAAGAAAGGAAUAAGACAAUGGAGAUGCAGAUUAUAGAAGUGAACUCUAUACACCCCUUUUAUAUAUGAGUGUGGAAUCUUGAUGAGAAAGAAUCAAUGGAUGGAUAUAAAUUAUAAAGAAAAGAAGCGGGCCUGAUACUUACUUCUACCUGUUUACAGAUACUGGUUCCAUGCUGUAUAGAUAUUGGGUGCUCAUCUUAAUUUAAACUAUUAAUAAUGA